ACCCCACCCCCGGCUCUUAUAGAGGCCUCGCACCCGGUUACCGCUCGUACCCACCCACCGUCCGUCCUAUGGCAGAAGUUGAGUCACCUGCGAAGAAGCAGAAGAUGGCGUCGGUGCUGGAGCAGCUGAAGGGAUUCACCACAGUGGUGGCCGACACCGGCGACAUCAACGCCAUCAAAGAGUUCCAACCCCAGGAUGCUACGACCAACCCUUCCCUCAUACUUGCUGCUGCUCAGAUGCCAGCCUAUGAAAAACUUGUGGAGAAUGCUAUUGAAUAUGGAAAGAAGCUUUGUGGGACCGAGAAGGAGAAACUCAGCAACGUGAUGGACAAGCUGUUUGUCAACUUUGGGAUGGAAAUUCUCAAAAAAAUCCCAGGCAGAGUUUCAACAGAAGUUGAUGCCAGGUUGUCUUUUGACAAAGAUGCCAUGAUCAAAAAGGCCCAGCAUUUGAUUAAACUGUAUAAGGAUGUAGGGAUCUGCAAGGACCGUGUACUUAUCAAACUCUCUUCUACGUGGGAAGGAAUCCAGGCUGGAAAGAUCCUUGAAGAGCAGCAUGGCAUCCACUGCAACAUGACUCUGCUUUUCUCAUUUGCUCAGGCAGUUGCCUGUGCAGAGGCUGGAGUAACGUUAAUUUCCCCAUUUGUGGGCCGUAUUAUGGACUGGCAUGUGGCCAACUCAGAUCAGAAGAGUUUCAAGCCAGCAGAGGAUCCAGGUGUAAAGAGUGUGACCAAAAUCUACAACUACUACAAGAAGUUUGACUACAAGACCAUUGUCAUGGGAGCAUCAUUCCGCAACACCGGCGAAAUCAAGCAACUAGCUGGCUGUGACUUCCUCACAAUCUCUCCAAAGCUGCUAACAGAGCUCAGCAAAGAUGUUGAGGAGCUAACUCCCUUCUUGAGGGAGAAAGAUGCCAAGGAGCUUGACAUCGAGAAAGUAACCAUGGACGAGCGGACGUUCCGCUGGGAGCACAAUGAGGAUCAGAUGGCGGUGGAGAAACUUUCUGAGGGGAUCCGCAAGUUUGCAGCUGAUGCUGUUAAGCUGGAAGAAAUGUUGAAGGAACGGAUUCAGGAUAUCGAGAACGGAAGCUAAGAUCCACAUUUGCACUUCAUAUGGGAAUUGAGGAUAGUUUGACCAAGGAUCAACGAGCAAUACUCAAUUCACCUACCAUGUAAAAGGACCACAUCCUGUCACUUCAUUCCUUCACACAUCAUUGAACAGUGAUUAGAAAAGCGGGUUUGUGUAAUUUGUAAAACUUUCUAAUAAACUUGAGAACAUCC